GCGGGGGGACAGAGCGCGCGCGGCGCCGCGGCCGUUCCCGGGGAGCGGCGUCCCUGGACGGCGGGCGGCUCGGGCGGUCCGGGAGGAGGACUGGAGAUGUCCGGUCUGUGCCGCCUCCUGCUCGCGUACCUGUUCCCGGCCCUCCUGCUUCACGGGCUGGGAGAGGGUUCUGCCCUCCUUCAUCCAGAUAGCAGAUCCCAUCCCAGGUCCUUAGAGAAAAGUGCCUGGAGGGCUUUCAAGGAAUCACAGUGCCAUCACAUGCUCAAACAUCUUCACAAUGGUGCGAGGAUCACUGUGCAGAUGCCACCAGCAAUCGAGGGCCACUGGGUGUCCACCGGCUGUGAAGUGAGGUCGGGCCCAGAGUUCAUCACAAGGUCCUACAGAUUCUACCACAAUAACACCUUCAAGGCCUACCAGUUCUAUUAUGGUGGCAACCGGUGCACCAGCCCUACCUACACCCUCGUCAUCCGGGGCAAGGUCCGCCUGCGCCAGGCCUCCUGGAUCAUCCGCGGGGGCACCGAGGCCGACUACCAGCUGCACAACGUGCAGGUUGUCUGCCACACAGAGGCUGUCGCCGAGAGGCUCAGCCAGCUGGUGAACCGCACGUGCCCGGGCUUCGUGCCCGCUGGGGACCCCUGGGUGCAGGACGUGGCCUACGACUUGUGGCGGGAAGAGAAUGGCUGCGAGUGCACCAAGGCCGUGAACUUCGCCAUGCAUGAGCUGCAGCUCAUCCGGGUGGAGAAGCAGUACCUGCAGCACAACCUGGACCGCCUGGUGGAGGAGCUCUUCCUCGGGGACAUCCACACUGACGCCUCGCAGAGGAUGUUCUACCGGCCAUCCAGUUAUCAGCCCCCUCUGCAGAAUGCCAAGAACCACGACCAUGCCUGCAUCGCCUGCCGCAUCAUCCACAGGUCAGAUGAGCACCGCCCGCCCCUCCUGCCCCCCAAGGCUGACCUGACCGUCGGCCUGCACGGCGAGUGGGUGAGCCAGCGCUGCGAGGUGCGGCCCGAGGUCCUCUUCCUCACGCGCCACUUCAUCUUCCAUGACAACAAUAACACCUGGGAAGGGCAUUACUACCACUACUCCGACCCCGUCUGCAAGCACCCCACCUUCACCAUCUAUGCCAAGGGCCGCUACAGCCGGGGGGUGCACUCCUCCAGGGUCAUGGGAGGAACGGAGUUUGUGUUCAAAGUGAACCACAUGAAGGUCACCCCCAUGGACGCGGCCACCGCCUCGCUCCUCAACGUCUUCAACGGGAAUGAGUGUGGGGCCGAGGGCUCCUGGCAGGUGGGCGUCCAGCAGGACGUGACACACACCAAUGGUUGCGUAGCGCUGGGGAUCAAACUACCUCACACUGAAUACGAGAUCUUCAAAAUGGAGCAGGACGCCCGCGGCCGCUAUCUGCUGUUCAACGGCCAGAGACCCAGCGAUGGGUCCAGUCCGGACAGGCCUGAGAAGAGAGCCACCUCCUACCAGAUGCCCUUAGUCCAGUGUGCGUCCUCUGCGCCCAGAGCCGAGGACUUCUCCGAGGACCACCGGGGUCACCAGUAUGGGAGCUGGGCGCCCGGGAGGAGCGCUUGUCCCCUGCUCCUUGCUGUGCUCGCCGGCCUUUUGACUCUACCACACUGGAACGUCCUCAGAUAGAAGUUUUUAAAAAGCUAUAUUUUUCCAAACCAGGAUUCCUUACAAUUGACAGAUUUUCUUUACAAAAAAAGAAAGGGCGCUGCUUCUUGUGAUGCACUUGAAUGCCCCAGAACUGUGGCUCCUUUUCUGCUGCCCAGCCCCCUCCCGCCCGGCCUGAGUCCUGAGCAGCGCGCUGUUUGAAGUUUCUGCUUUGAACUCUAGCCAGUGGGAUCCCAGGCCGGGGCGCCUUCUCAAGAGUAAUUGCACUUUAAGACCGCAGAGAGUGGCGAGCUAGUAUGUUUGGUAGGGGGGGCAGGGUGACAGCUAAGUCCUCUUCUUUUCUUCCUCAUAAUUAUUAUUCUAUUUCUGAGUUACACUUAGACGGAUAUCAAGCUCCAGCUUUUCCUGCCACUGUACCACUUCCUGUCCUCCCCUGAAACCGUGUUACGACCUGGAAUCCAGUGCAGAGUUGGUUUGGGACAGCAAUCAAGACACCUAUUAUUAAUAAAGAAGAGACUUGAGUGUAGAUAUGUACAUAGGGAAAGACACUGGGUUUAGCUUAACCAUCCUGACAGCCUUAAUGCAAAAAAAAGGAGGGAAUCCCAGCUUUCAAAUAUUGAGUGGAAAAAUAUCUGUAAUUAAAGUUUCAAUGUAAUUUAAACUAUCGUUGUUCUAACUUGGGGGAAAGGAGACUGGUGAAAUGCUGGUUUCUGGGUGGUUGUGGAAUGCACGCUGCUUGAUGACUGCUUGGCUGGCGAGGGUGGUCGAGCAAAUAUCAAAAGCAGGACACACGGGAGCAGCAGUGUACGGGACGGUGACAGUGCGUUAAAUGCCACCUGAAUGAUAAAACAGUGCCUGUUCGUUCCACAGUUUCCUCUUCGUGGGACCCUCGUCCUGGCUCAUGCUGUAUCUGGUUAGGGGUGAGCAGAUGGAGCCUCGCUUGGCCAUCUGGGCUACCUUCAAAGAUGACUAUUCAGAGCCCACGCUUUGCUGUUCAAAGACAGCAUAGCGGGGGCAUCCUCACCGGGGCUGCACUUGACCCUCAAUGUGUGUGAAGCCCAGGCUUUGGGUAAAGCCCCCUUAUCACCAGACGCACCAGCUUGACUCCGUUUCUGACCUGCUGUUGCCUUUGUGGCUGCACAGGAUCUCAGGGUCACCUUCUGAAGAGUCCGUGAGCUCCUUCCUCACAGACGCUGGGAGGGGGCAUGAGUCAUGUCUACCCAUUACUUUGGAUUAUUACAGAUGGUGCUAUCUGAACACCAAGUGGCACCGACGGAGGGAAAUAGCAAGUCACCAAAAGCUUGGAUGGAACUGGAAAUGAGCGUGGAAACCACAAUCAAGGUUGAGAGUCAUGCUUGUAUUUAAAAAUUAUGAAAUGCUGCAGCAUUCAGUGUGGUGAGAAGUUAUAGGAUAGCGUGGAGUACCAAAGUGCUUUAUGUUUAGAAUAUAUUUUAAGUUGUGGUGCAUACUGAGGGGGUUUAUUCAAAUGAAAAUACUAACUUAAUGUCUGCCAAGUUUAAUAAGCAAAGAUGUCAAAAAUACUCCCACAGAAUACAUUUUACCUGUGGAUCUAUUUAAUUAACACUAAUGCUAUCUUUAAAGGAUAUAAUAAAAUUAUGUGAAAAACUAUGUUCACUGCUAAGGAAUACCUUAGUGAUUUGCCAUAGAAGUGAUAGGUUUGUAGCCAUUUAAUUCACAGGCACUCACCUAGACUUAGCUACUCACACACAUACACAUACAUGCAC